AUGAUUGAGCACAAAAAAGAAGCGGUGCGGGGUGAGAGCAGCAGCUACAGGCGGAGCUGGAAGGGCAAGGAACGCAAGCACUCCGCUCUUUCUAAUGGAGAGGAAACCCCUGAGAUUGACAACGACAAAAAACAGGACUAUAACACGGACAGCGACGAGGAGGAGGAUGGCAGCGAUGGAGAUGAGAAUGAAGACUCUAAUAUUCAAGAAACCAGACAAACUCUCAAGCGGAAAGGGGCAUUUAAAUCAACGAAUUCGCGGUACGCGGGAGGCAACAAAAGGAAAAAGAGUAGCCUGCAGGAGUGCGAGACCAAGAGACACGAGUGCCCGAUCUGCUCAAAGAAGUUUUCGCGUCCAAGUCAGUUGGAGACACAUCGACUGACGCACACUGGGGAGAAACCUUACAUUUGCGACACAUGCGGGAAAGAUUUCAAUGUGGCCAGCAAUUUGAAGCGACAUAUUCGAACCCAUGUAUCUGGGAAACGCAAUGGAACCGGCGGAGAUAAUGAAAUAGGCGCCGGCGCGUUUCUCGUAAAGCUAUCUGUCGAUGUGGUGAACUCUCCUUGA